GCCGCCAACACUGCCCCACCUGGCACUGUUUUAAAUAUAUCUAUGAACCAGUCUAAAUGAUAGCACCCAGGCAUACAGCAACGAUGAGAGACAAUUGGUAUUUCUAUUCAUAUAGGACAUAACAGUCGAAAUCGUGCGAUGCGAAGCUCGCAUGCACGGACCAUGAAUUGGUCAGUGAAGUAAAACUUAUAUUUAUUGUUAUCUAUAUUUAAAGCUAGUAUCACAGAUAUUAAAGUACGUGAACUUAGAAACUAUGGGCAAAAUGUAUUGCUACGCUCAACACUGAAAAAUGUAAGUAAAAUGUAAAACAAUGAAAUUAUAAAGGAAAUAAACAUACUCUAUUACAGCUUUUAGCUGAUUCGCACCCACAUCCCGGAGUUUGCGAGCUGCUUAAUAGAAUUCAGCCAAGAGUCCCUCUAAGUUCCCGUAACACUAAAAGAUUUUUCAAUCUACGAUGAGUGCAAGUAAAACGGAUAGCUGUCCGGCAUUCUAUUCAGCACCAACGGGAGGCUGCGACAACUGCCCGCGCCCCGUUUUGUGCGACGAUGUACAAUGGACCUGCAGCGUUUGUGUCCCAAAGGUUAUUGUAUCCAGUAAAAUUGAAAAUCGAAUCGCCCUCCUCCGGCUGGAACAACUCGAGCAAGAGCGCGCACUUCAGCAGCGCGAAAUGGAAGCGGAGAGACGGGCAUUAGAGAAAGAGCGAGAGUUAUUGCAGAAGAAAUACCUCUUGCUAGUGCAACAGUUUUCGAUGCGUCGAAAUAUGAAGAAUCAUGAUCGUGAUACCGUUCGAACAACAGGUGAAGAUAAAGAUGAUCAAUUCAUCUCGGAUGUCAAUAUCAUCCACAGUGAGUCUGUCGGCGAAGAACCGUCGCCCGAUUAUAAUAAUCAAAAACCAGCUACCAUUGAAUCCAUAGCACACGAUUCAGUGCACAAUGGUCCAAACUGGACUGUUUAUUCGAAACAACUACAAGUAGUGCAGCCGAGAUGUUUGGAUUUCGCCGAAACUUGGUCAGCAAAGGAUAGGAUUCAGCAGCGAAAUAUCCGCGCGUUUCCUAAUACGAUUCCACCAGGACGAAAUUGCACAUUUGACUGCAGUGUGUUGACCAAGGUUAAUUAUACAUUCUUUGUAUCCUCCGAUCGAUUUUUAAAACAUGAAAACUAUUCUAUUGCAAAUGCUCUUGCAAGCCAGUGCACAAGUGAUACACAAGCAAGUGCACCUCCCAUGUUUGUGGCUCCGAAAGUGCCGGAGCCGGCUCCUCCCCCUGCGCGGACGGCGGUGACGAACGAAGGUGUUUCUGGCAGAGAAGGCACCAUGGAGCUGGCAAAAAUUAAGUGCAAAGAAAAGGUCAGUACGCAGUAUCCACAGCAUAAAUUACAGACUUCAGAUCGUUUUCGGACCACUGUGCAACGUAGAAAGUGUGAGCUACCUUAUCGUUACCGUCAUCGUCAUCUGAAGUGUAUUGAAUCGCGCUCCCGAUCGAGAUGCAGUGACCAAAGUAAGUGUUUUCCACAUGGAUACAGCCAUGGAAGACAAGCAGCGUCCAAGGACUAUGACCUUCAUCUGCAACCUGAUUGGAGCGACGGAAGCUAUAUAGAAUUAGUCCGUGGUCAAUGUAGGUCGUUAUCCGCCGGACUGUCGAGGUUAGAUAUGUCUCAUCAAAAUCAACAGAAACGAAGCGCAGAGGAGGAUAGACGUGUAGAGUCGGAUACGUUUUGCGAUUGCAAAGUUGACCGGUUCCACAAUAAGAAACGUUGUUGUGAAAAAAUCAGAGAUAUUGGAGCGAUAGCCACAGGUAACCUUUCGAUGCUCGUUGUCGAUCAGUUUGCCAGUGCUCUUCGUUUGGCAAAAUGACGAAAAAGAACAUUAUGUGGGGGAUCCGAAGGUAACAGUUGCAGUCUAUAAGUUGUCAGAAUUUCUUAAAUCUGUGAGGGAAGACUUAACUAGACGAAGUGUUGGCAGCAUUGGGUCUCAGUAAAACUGGGACCGAUGGCCAGUGUUACGGGGGGGAGAAUGUUGCCGCCAACACUGCCCCACCUGGCACUGUUUUAAAUAUAUCUAUGAACCAGUCUAAAUGAUAGCACCCAGGCAUACAGCAACGAUGAGAGACAAUUGGUAUUUCUAUUCAUAUAGGACAUAACAGUCGAAAUCGUGCGAUGCGAAGCUCGCAUGCACGGACCAUGAAUUGGUCAGUGAAGUAAAACUUAUAUUUAUUGUUAUCUAUAUUUAAAGCUAGUAUCACAGGUAAUCACAGAUAGUUUCUUCCUAAAUCUAAUUAAAUUAAACCUAACUUAUUACUAAAUCACAGAUAUUAAAGUACGUGAACUUAGAAACUAUGGGCAAAAUGUAUUGCUACGCUCAACACUGAAAAAUGUAAGUAAAAUGUAAAACAAUGAAAUUAUAAAGGAAAUAAACAUACUCUAUUACAGCUUUUAGCUGAUUCGCACCCACAUCCCGGAGUUUGCGAGCUGCUUAAUAGAAUUCAGCCAAGAGUCCCUCUAAG